UGUGCUGGACACAACUGAGGAAUUCAACCAACGUUUCCUAAAAACUGCGUCGGAUAUAUGUUUUUAAAUUCUUUUCGUUUGUUUUUUUCCUCUGUAAAAACACCCUUGCAUUUCCAAUAGGUUGUGCACUGUGGAGUUGGCUCUCAAAAAGAGAGAGAGAACUAUACUGGCUGCUGGCUGCAAGUGACUUGGAGGAAGAGAGCAGAGUAGGCAGCCGGACAGGUAAUUUGCUGCAUAUUCACAUCCUCAAGAUCGGAGAGUUGACGGGCUCCGCACAUUCAACACUCGCCGUGUGACGAGUUUGGAAACUGCGCGGGCAUUUAAAUGAUCCUCUGACAUAUGUGGACAUAUCCUCGGACAGAGGAUUAUAGCAGCCUCACCCAAAAAAAGGAGAUUCUAAGCACAAACUGUGAGUAAAACGGCGGGAUAAGGGCUAAAUCUACUUUCUGGUGAUAUGAUGCUCGGACAAUAAUAUUUUUGGCGUUUACGCGCAUGAAAUUAAAAAUUUUUGGCACCGCCCGGAGCGCACGAAGCCUCUCUUGUGUGUUUUUGAUAUAUGCAUAUUUUUAUUUUUACUAAAACAAGGAAAGAGCAACUAACAUCCAGUGUCGGAGUAGAAAAAGCAGAGAAGAGAGAAAGCCCGUGCACUUGCUGCUUUUCACUGCAGCAGGAGCGAUGUAGGAAGUCGUCCGGAGGAUGAAGUCUAGCGCAUCCCGCAACAGAGGGCUUUGCUCUUAAUGAAAACGAUUUUCUUUUCCAUAUUCGGACUUUCAAGCAAAUUCUUUUUAUGGACAUUUUUUUCCAAAUCUAAGAGGACAUUUUUCAGGGGAGAACAAUGAGGACUACUGGUGCAGUGGACUAUUUGUACUAUUGCAUGCUCAUUCUGCAGCUUCUGCAUCAGCCCGCUGCCAAGCAAGUGCUCCGGUACCGUUUGGCUGAGGAGGGACCCGCCGAUGUUAGAGUAGGGAACGUAGCCGGGGACCUGGGCAUUGUUGCCGGGUCCGGCGAGGUGACAUUCACGUUAGAAUCAGGCUCAGAUUUUUUCAAAAUAGACAACAUAACAGGUGAGCUCACCACCAAUGAGAGGCGCAUAGACCGUGAAAAAUUACAGCAGUGCCAAAUGAUAUUUGAUGAAAAUGAGUGUUUUAUAGAUUUUGAGGUGUCCGUGAUUGGACCAGCCCAGAGCUGGGUCGACCUCUUUGAGGGAAAAGUCAUCAUAUUAGAUAUAAAUGAUAACACACCGUCUUUCCCGUCCCCUGUCCUGACACUGUCUGUGGAGGAAAACAGACCAAUUGGAACCCUUUAUCUGCUGCCCACAGCCACAGACAGAGAUUUUGGCAGAAAUGGAAUAGAGAGAUAUGAGCUUAUCCAGGACAAUGGGGAAAACUCAAGGCGCUUGGGCUCUUCUGGGGAUUCAUUCUCAGGGAAGAGGAGAUUUGAGGAAGGCGCAACCAGGAGCAGCGUCUUUGAACUGCAAGUUGCUGACACUACUGAUGGAGAGAAGCAGCCUCAACUCAUCAUUAAAGGGGCCCUUGAUAGGGAACAGAGAGACUCCUAUGAGCUCACACUGCGUGUUAGGGAUGGAGGAGAUCCCCCUCGCUCUUCCCAGGCCAUUCUUAGGGUGAUGAUCACUGAUGUGAAUGACAACAGUCCUCGGUUUGAGAAGAGUGUGUAUGAAGCUGACUUACCAGAAAAUAGCUCCCCUGGUGCCCCCAUACUACAGCUUAAAGCGGCUGAUGCAGAUGUGGGGGUUAAUGGUCAAAUAGAAUAUGUGUUUGGGGCAGCCACAGAAUCAGUAAGGAGGUUACUGAGGUUGGAUGAGAGCACAGGGUGGCUGAGUGUGUUGCACCGCAUUGACCGUGAAGAAGUGAGCCAACUGAGGUUCACAGUAAUGGCCCGUGACCGAGGCCAGCCACCGAAAAUGGACAAGGCCACUGUGGUGUUGAACAUCAAGGAUGAGAAUGACAACGUUCCUGCUAUAGAGAUACGGAAAAUUGGACGCAUUUUCUUAAAAGACGGAGUAGCCAACGUUGCUGAGGAUGUAGUGGUGGACACACCCAUUGCCUUAGUUCAGGUGUCAGACCGCGACCAGGGGGAAAACGGCAUUGUGACCUGCACAGUCGUAGGGGAUGUGCCCUUUCAGCUCAAACCAGCCAGUGAGAUGGAGGGGGAGCAGAAUAAAAAGAAAUAUUUCCUCCACACGUCUGCACCGCUGGACUAUGAGGCCACACAGGAAUAUAAUGUGGUCAUAGUGGCUGUGGACUCUGGAAGCCCCAGUCUGGCAAGUAAUAACUCUCUUAUCGUCAAAGUGGGCGACACUAAUGACAACCCUCCUGUCUUCAGCAAGAACGUAGUAGAGGUGUCGUUUCCAGAAAACAAUGCCCCUGGCGAGAGGGUGACAACAGUGGCAGCCAUCGACGCAGAUAGUGGGAAGAACGCUGAAAUAGCCUAUUCCCUGGACUCAUCAGUAAAUGGGAUUUUCUCUAUCGAUGCAGACAGUGGAGACAUCCGAGUAAACACCAUUCUGGAUAGAGAGCAAACGGAGCGCUACGAAUUCAAAGUGAUAGCCAAAGAUAAGGGCAUAAACACCUUACAGGGCUCUGCAACAGUGGUUGUCCUUGUGGCCGAUAAGAAUGACAACGAACCAAAGUUCAUGCAGGAUGUGUUCACCUUCUAUGUCAAAGAGAACCUUGAGCCAAACAGCCCAGUUGGCAUGGUUACAGUAAUUGAUGCAGAUAAAGGCCAAAAUGCAGAGAUGAGUCUUUUCAUUGAGGAAGAGGAAGAGAUCUUUUCUAUUGAGAAUGACACGGGGACUAUUUUCUCCACCCUGUCCUUUGACCGAGAGCAGAAAACUACGUACACAUUCCGUGUCAAAGCUGUGGACGGCGGCGACCCUCCCAGAUCCGCCACCGCCACAGUUUCGCUCUUUGUCAUGGAUGAAAAUGACAAUGCACCAACAGUCACUUUCCCAAUAAACAGCUCCUACACCCUUCUCCCUCCCUCCAGUAACAUCAGAACAGUGGUCAGAACUGUCAUAGCCACUGAUACCGACACCGGCAUCAACGCGGACCUGAACUAUAGCAUCAUUGGGGGAAACCCCUUCAAGCUUUUCGAGAUUGAUGGGGGCACUGGGGUCAUUUCACUUGUGGGGAAGGUGGAGCACAAGCACUAUGGCCUCCACAGACUAGUGGUCCAGGUGAACGACAGUGGCCAGCCUUCACAGAGCACCACCACACUCGUCCAUGUGUAUGUCAACGAGACUCUUUCCAACUCCACAGUUGUGGAGGCCCAGGUGGCUAGAAGCCUGAGCACGUCUCUCAACACCAACAUUGCCGGUGACCCCAACUACGAUCUAAGCAAACAGCGGUUAAGCAUUGUGAUCGGAGUAGUUUCGGGCAUCAUGACAGUCAUCCUCAUUAUUCUAGUUGUUGUCAUGGCCCGUUACUGCCGUCCCAAGAAUAAGAAUGGUUAUGAGGCCGGAAAGAAAGAUCACGAAGACUUCUUUACCCCACAGCAGCAUGAUAAGUCCAAGAAGCCCAAGAAAGAUAAGAAGAAACAGAAGUCCAAACAGCCACUCUAUAGCAGUAUUGUCACUGUAGAGGCCUCCAAACCCAACGGGCAGCGCUACGACGGUGUCAACGAGAAGCUGUCGGACAGUCCUGGCAUGGGCCGCUACCGUUCAGUCAACGGAGGGCCGGGAAGCCCAGAUCUGGCCCGGCACUACAAGUCCAGUUCACCGCUCCCUACUGUCCAGCUUCACCCGCAGUCGCCAACAGCUGGUAAAAAGCACCAGGCAGUUCAGGACUUGCCCCCUGCCAAUACCUUUGUUGGCACCGGAGAUAACAUUUCCCUUGGAUCUGACCACUGCUCUGAGUACAGCAGUCAAACUAUCAACAAGUACAACAAACAGCCGUUUCGCCGAGUGACCUUCUCGGUGGUGAGCCAGCCCCAGGACCCUCACCAGCAAGGAUCGCUGCAGAGCUGCUACGACAGCGGCCUGGACGAGUCGGAGACGCCCAGCAGCAAGAGUUCGUCGGGCCCCCGGCUGGGCGCCCUUCCCCUACCCGAGGACAGCUACGAGAGGACAACGCCGGAUGGCAGUGUCGGUGAGGCAGAGCACAUGGAAAAUGACGCCCGGCCCUUGCCUGAUGUAGCCAUGACUGGCAAGUGCACCCGGGAAUGCGACGAGUAUGGCCACUCGGACUCCUGCUGGAUGCCUGUGCGCACGUCGCCUGAGCGAAGGCCAUCCAAGUCAACCACCACCCCCCAACAACCAAAGCUUUCCACUUUCAUGAGCGGCAACGGCAGCGGCAGCAGCAGUGCAGAGCAGCCCGGCAGCCAAGAGACCCUCGCCAUGGCCGCCAUGGCCAACGGAGACCCCACCGCCGCUCACAUGAUGGGCGACCGCAAUCGCAACCUGCUCAACAAGAAGAUGGCUUCCUCCUCCUCCUCCUACGAGGCCUUCGGCUCGCCUUCCUACGGCUCGCCAGGAAGUGGGGAGGAGGCGCUGGGCCACCCCACCGAGGAGAUCCCUCUGGCACCCACUGGGGAGUACAAGCCCACGUCCUGUGGUACUCUGACGCGGCGGGAGGUGUACCUGUGAGCUGGGAGGGUUAGACACACCUGCUGUGCCACAACAUAUGGCAUUCUAAUACAACACUAAGCAUAGUUGCUUGCCCACCACCGUUACAGUUCUAGAGCUAUUAGCAACCCUUGUUCCAUGCAAGGUAGGACUAAAUUUUCUCCAAAGACUUUUACAACAGCUCCUUAAUGAAAAAUCAAAGUGGAUAUAUAAACAUAGUACCAUUUUUAAAGUGCUAAUUCCGGCCAUGACCUGGGAGAAAGGAGGAGGAGGAAGAACUGUUGCGGGAAUUAAUGGACUUGUUCUACUGGCGAGUUGGGCUCUUGGGACAUGAUCUGCUGCCUGACAGUCAAUCUGUACAAUAAUCAACUCAUUUUACAUAUACAGUACAUGCAUGCAUUACCCCCUGUCCCCCGUGAAGGCCACAUUCCCCGAAGAUGACACUGUACAAAAACAGAUCAAUUCUUUUUCAGUUUAUGUUUUUUCUAGAAAUGAAACUGUACAUGUGGACUAUUUUGACUUCACAGUGUGUAUGGUUAUGCCUUUUUUUAUUCAGAACAGUGCAACACUGUGGUCAUGAUGUUCAGUGGCUGCAACAAUGUAUUGGACAUAAUGGUCUCUAUCAUACCGAGCUGUCAUCUUGACUGUUUGUGAUAAAAGUUGCUCAACAGCAGACCAAAACUUGACCUUAUUCUAAUCUUAUGAAGACGGGAAAGACUAAGCUUUAAAUACUCAGCCCAGAAAGCAACACUUGUCUCAGUCCUCUCUUGAAAUGAAGAUUCUCGGACAGACAAAGGAGGCAAUGGAAUUUGCUGCAACAACCCCUUGCUUCAGACUACAACAUCGCUGGUAUACUAUGAUGAAUACAUGAUGACUGAUUCCAACUUACCAGUGCAUACGCUCUUCACAAAUGGAAAAGUCACUCAUUGUACAUAAACAUUGGACCAUAGCAACAACGCUAUCUGCUCUCAUUCCCUUUUGUCUUGCUACCUUUCCUCAGUCUCUCGUUCUUUGUCUUUGACCAAACCCUCUUAAGAGAUGCAAAAUCUUAGAGCCAUGACCUAUUGCUGCAUCGGCUGGAAAAGCAUGUGUGUAGGUGGUUGUGCAUAUUCAGAUCACCUCAGUAGGAUUCUACUGUUUAUAUAAAAUUCUACCCUGUUUUUCUCAAUCACACAUGCAGACACACAUACACAGAAGCAGAAAAGCUGAUUCAUCUAACCAAGGCCAGUGGCAAUGCUGUACUGACUGAAAGUCCUGGGUAAGCACAGUGUGUGGCAUGCCGAGAUUAAAAUGAUGGAAUGGAGGUGCAAUUGAAAUUGUAUGUGUGUAUGGGCCAGAUAUGCAGUAUAUAGUGUGUGUGUGUUUUGGCUAUAUUUAGUGUAUACUGUAGAUGUACACAGAUAAUAUGCUUAGGAGGGUGUAAACAUGGCCAAGCUGGUCCAACACACAGCUGCAUAGACAGCUUUUUCCUGUUAUUUCUUUUUUGUUGUGUUAUAGACUGAGCAAUAAAUAUCAUAAUGUACAUCUGACCAACAAGCAUCAACUUCUUUUUCACUUCUUCUCAAGCCUUCAAGGUAACAUUAACCCACACAUGGCAGUCCCAGAGUCCUUUUUAGCGCUAGUAGAUGUUGCUUUCCAUAGCACAUGGCGAUGGCAUCUUUGAGCACGAAUGUAAGAAUCAGCUCACUGGCGAUAAAUCAAAAGGCAACGUCUGUAUACAUGCAGAUAACAGAUUUUUGGAUUACAUGCUGAGAAAAUGGUGUCAAAGUGAAACCAAAGCUUCGCAAACAGGAUGAAGCAUUCCCCGUAUUCCACACACACAAAUAGCUUUCUUGGAAACUCUGCUUUAAGUACACAUUACAUGAAGCCUUUUUUAAUGAAGGAUUGAGACUGAAUGAUAAGAAUGUGAUGUCUCAACAAAACGUCCAUCAAUUACCAUCCUCAGAGCUGACGCUUAAUGACCACAUACACACAGACACAAGACAAUGUUGAGAUGCUGUGCCUCCCUGUCUACAGUGAUGUUUCUUUUUCGCAGCUACAGAGGCGCAAAAUUUCAUGACUGUAAUGAAGCAAAAGAAUAUCAGAUGCAAUGGAACUUUUUUGUAUGUUAGCAAAACCCCUUUGGUUUGACCGGAGCUGCUUUUUCUGCAUUCCGGCAAUCUAUAGUCUGUAAGUACUACUCGUUGUUCGAAAGAAAGUUCUCCUAUACUUAUCAACUGUAUACAUAAAUAUUUACUUUUUACUGCACGUUUAAUGGGAACUUACUUCACUUACUGAGAAGGAAGAAGAAAAAAACUGUAAAACAAAAUGUACAAAAAAAUGUUUUCCCUGUAAACAUGGAAAUCCACCUUGUUGCUUGCGUUUGUUAUACCUGAAGAAACAUGUAGUACAACUUAGUACAUGAGUUAAGACCAUACAGUUGAUUUUGAUUUUUUAAAACAUUUUUCAUACUUAAUCAAAUAUCAUCAUUGUCUCUUAUAUCACCCCACAAAUACAAAUCUUUCAUGUUUCAUUUACUUCAACUUUAUACCAUGAAAUUUGCAAUUUUUUAUCUUCAUCUUGUAUUUUACUUUGUAAUCCCAUACGUUGAUUUGUUACAUGAUAACAGUCAAAACCGUGGAAAUGAUCAUGACAAUGUACUAUGUGUUUUACUUUUUUUCUUUAUCUGGUGCCACUUUGUAUAUUUAGAGUGCUUCUGAAAAAAGAAAAAAACAACCAUAAAAAAUACUAGAGUGAAUGCAAAUAUGCAAUUGUGCCUUUUUAUACCAAUUGGUAUGAUUUAAAUGUUGGUUUGGAAUGGUGCAUAAACAAUUAUGUUGACAUGCUUACAAAAGUAGAUGGGGUGGCAUUUAAGAAUGGACUGAAAUACAUUUGCAUAUCUUAGAUGAAAUCCCAUGAUGUCAAAGGCUUCUUGGAAGACAAACAGUCAAAUGUCAGUGAGCCUGUAAGUCUAAUAUUCAAAUGACUAUUGUUCAGUGGGUUCAAUUAUCUUGUUGAAAUAUCCAUUCCUAGCAUAGUGCAUUACCGAAUGAGUACAGGUACAUUAAAAAGUUGCUUGUUGGUAGUAAUAAUAAUGAUAUAAUGGAUUUUUUUGUCGUGUUCCACUCAUGUACAUGUAUGACAUCAGAGGUUAAGUAACCCUCUCUGUGCAUGAAACAAGCUCUAGGACUGAUAUAGAAUCAUAGAAAGAAGGAGGGCGGAAAAAAAGAAAAAAAAAUGCUUGGAGACAUUUGACUGCUGAGAGUUGAUUGAGCCUAGAGAUAAAAAUGCUAAUGUGACGGUUUACUAGGAGGAGUGGAAGUGUGGGAUGAAAAAAAAAAAAGCUGCAAGGGAGAGGAGCUGACAGAACACACACCUCAGGAUGUGCCGAGCCACACAAAGCUCGUACACAGAUUUACAGUAUAUGCAUAUCAGUAGGUGAUGAAACCCUGUCCUACAAAUAAGUGCAGUGUGAUGUUUGCCAUUAUAUUUCAAGGUGAUGCUUUGAAUUUCUAGAUCAGAUGAAGUGGAAACAAAGACUCUGCAGCGUGAACCUCAGACAAAACGGGAAGUCAUUAAAAUGCCGUACAUUGGCAACUAGUGUACACUGAAUACAGUGUACACUAGUUCAUUUCUGACAGACAUUUUUUUUUUCCUGGUAUUUACUGAGGUAACUUGCUGCAGAAAUCUGGACGAGGUGGUAUUAUGAUGGAAUUUGACAUUUGACAGGAAACAUGAAGUACGGAACACGUGCCAUCAAAUUGUUUGGAUUUUGCUGCCCGAGGUGUGUGUUCAGUAUGCGCUGUCCUCUAUUCAUAUAGCCUUCACAGUGUGUAAUGAGAUUUGUAAUAUUAACCAUUACUAUUUGUCCUGCGACUUGGAUGUUGAUAUAGAAAUUGAGGAACAAAAUUAUCAUCGUUUUAAUAUGAGUCACUAUGCACGCAGCUUAGCUGAACAUGGCAAAGUGUAUUGAACGCAAGUCCACUUCUAUUUAUGAGAUAUUUUACAUAAUUUAAUUUGCUUUUGUACAGGUUUGUGUAAAUAAAUUGCUUGUCAUUUUUGUCUCUGCAGAAAUUAAAAUAUAACAUGGUAAAACAAA